AAUAAACACAAAAUGCCUGUUAUUUCUGAUAGUGACCAUUGGACAGGGCUAAGGACUUUGAUGGCAUGAGCUUUCUUUUGUGGGUCUUCAGUGGCUAUGGCCACAGCCCCCACAUUUUCACAGGAUUUGCUUCCCAGGAUGAUGCUGAAGGGCGCAGGGCUUGAAGUGGACCUGGCAUCUGUGGGGUGCUGCCACCCCUGAGACUCUUGGGCUCACCUACAUGGCAAUUGAAAAGGGGGAUCUUUCUCCACAGUAAUUGCUCCACACAAUUUUGGUUGCUGGGCCCAGGCUGGAAGCAGGCCUGGUGGUCUAAGGCUUGGCUUCCUGGGUUUGCAGUCCUGAGCUAUCUCCACCUAGAGUCUCAGGGAAGGUCCUAGCUGAGGUAGAGGGGAAUAGUCCAUUGAGGGCAGGGACUCUUUCCUUCUGUGCACUAAUGAAUGGGGAACCAGGUAGGUGUGUGUUUGUGGGGUGGUGGUGAUGGUGUUUCUAGUAUGGCUGUUCAGGAGGGAGGUAGCCUCGUCUGUCAUGGUCCACUUUUCUCCCCAGGUCUGUGUCCUAACCAGGUGGACCUUCUCUGGAAGACUGAGCUUCAUAGGAGCAGGCAUGGCCCCUGUGCUGUAACAGCCCUCCAGGGAAGGAGAUCUGACAAGGCACCAGGAAAGGGCGGGGAAAGGAAAGCUGGGAGGCUCUCGGGGCCAACGGAAUGGAGAAAGGGUUCGGCCCCAAGGCGCCAGGAAAGAGACUGCUCAGGGGCCCCAAGAGAGACCGGAAGUCGAUCACCCUGCAUGUCAAGCUUGAAGUACUGAGGCGUUUUGAGGAGGGCCAGAAGCUCACGCAGAUUGCCAAGACCCUGGGGCUGGCCACCUCCACAGUGGCCUCCAUCCGAGUCAACCGAGAGAAAAUCAAAGCCAAUUCUCAAGCGGCCACUCCCAUCAGCGCCACCCAGUUAACUCGGUGCCGAGGUGUGGUGAUGGGCAACAUGGAGAGGCUGUUGAGCCUCUGGAUUGAAGACCAGAAGCAGCAGCACCUGCCCAUCAACACCAUGCUUAUCCAGGAGAAAGCCAAGAGCUUGUUUGAGACCUUGAAGCGCGAGCACGGGGAGAGCGCCCAGACAGAGACCUUCGGUGCGAGCAACGGCUGGUUUGCCCGAUUCAAGGUGAGGCACAAUGUCCUCCUGACGGAUGAACCCGCUGUGGCGGAUACAGAAGCAGCCCGCAGGUACCCUGACGUGCUGAGGAAGAUUAUCGAGGACGGUGGGUACACGCCUCAGCAGGUUUUCAACAUUGAUGAGACGGGGCUGUUUUGGAAGCGUUUACCUGAAAGGACGUUUGUGUCUCUGGAGGAUAAAGCCGGGCCGGGGUUCAAGGCGUCCAAAGACCAUCUGACCCUGCUCCUCGGAGGCAAUGCUGCUGGUGAUUGUAAGUUGAAGCCCUUGCUCGUGUACCCUUCUGAAAAUCCCCGGGCUCUGAAGGGUUGCUCUAAGCCCAACCUGCCCGUGAUCUGGAGAUCCAAUCGGAAUGACUGGGUGACCAUGAGCAUCUUCCAGGAGUGGUUCACCAACUUCUUCUGCCCCGCUGUGGAGAGGCACUGUGCUGAAAACCAUCUCCCCAACAAGGCCCUGUUGAUCCUGGACAGCGCCCCGUGCCAUCCCGUGUACUUGGAUGACCUCUCCGCCAACGUGAGGGUGGAGUUUCUGCCCAAAAACACCUCGGCCUUGAUCCAGCCCAUGAACCAAGGGGUGAUCACCACCUUCAAGGCCUUUUACCUGAAGAGGACACUGUGUCAGCUCAUACAGGAGACCGACGGGGAGGAGAGGCCCACCAUCCGUGAAUUCUGGCGAAGCUACAACAUCAUGACUGCUGUGGACAACAUCGCCGAGGCCUGGCAGGAGCUGAAGCCGUCCACCAUGAAUGCCGUCUGGAAGAAGAUUUGGCCGGAGUGCGUGCGUGCCUCCUCUGAGGCCGAAGCCCUGCCGCAGAUCGUGGGUCACGGCGGCUUGGAGGGCGUGGUGGAAGAAGAUGUUGUGCACUUGCUUCAGUCUCAGGGAGAAGACCUGUCGGGGGAGGGGCUGGGAAUGUCCUCCCCGGGAACAGGGCAGGACAACACCCUGGCCACCCCGCCAGAGCUGAGCACAAGGCAUCUGGCGGAAGCCCUCUCCCACUUUGACCAGGGGCUGCAGAUCCUUUCUGAUAACGAUCCCAAUCGGGAGCGGAGCCUGAAGGUGUGUCGAGGGGUGAACAGCGUGAUUAGCUGCUAUCGGGAGCUGUACAAGGAGAAGAAAAGGGCUGCAAAGUAGGGAAGCUUCACCGAGAAAGGAGGAUUUCCCAGCCCCUACGCUUCCUCAGUCCUUCCGCCUCCCUUGGCUCCAUCGCUGUGCGGGUGCCUUCACCCCGAUGAUCUUGGAGUUCUGCAGCUGACCUUGGGGAUGAGCCUGGUCUUCAGACAGAUCCUCUGCCCAUCCUCUGAGGCCUCCCAGUGUGAGAGGACCUGCCCUGCUUGUGCCCCACGGCCACAGCCUCUUCUGUGCUAGGGGCACGGGCGUGGAAGGAGGAAGUCAGUGUAUGAAGCAGGUAAAUCGGUAGGAAGGGUGUUGGAAAUCUGCCUGCUUGAGCCCAUAUGAAAGAAGUGGGAAGGGAGGAAUGAACAUCUGCUGUGACUGGUGGAUGGUAGGGAGCUUGGGGAGCCCCUGUGCUGAGGGUGUCUCCAGGGGCCAUGACCACAGUUCCAUAAACCAUCCCAGACUUUGCUGUUAAGUCAAUAAACUCAUGUUUAGUUGACAGAUCUAGCCUCCGAGACUCAGCCCAUCCAUUUGCUGGCUGGUAGGCAGCAUAACAGAGAAACGGCCCUGGGGGAGCCGAGGUCCUCUUUGGCCUUCUGAGGAAUUGGGAAGAGUGGAUGAUCGGCUUCCUGAAGGGACAGGUGAGGCAGCAGCUGUGCCCAAGACCCUGUAGUUGGUGCACAGGUCCAUAUGGCAUGGGCUUUGUUCUCAGGAGCACCCCCAUCUAAUGGCAGGAAAAGCGGAGUGUGCUAAUAAUGCUGACAUCCACAAGGAGGAGAGUUGAGGAUGGGGGGCUUUGUGCAGGAGGCAGCAUCAGACGAGACCUUUGCAGAUAAAUGGCUUGGAUUCAGAAUGGACAGCUCCCAGGACAGGGAGGUGUGGCAUGGCAGAGCACUCGGGUUCUGAUGGCCUGGAAGCUCCGUGUGAGCCAGGAGUGUGAUCCAGCAGUUGAGAGCAUUGGGGUAUGGAGGUUGUUCCCUACUUAGAUGGGCUCUGAGGGGGUGGCUUAGUUCAGGGCAUCAGGAUGAGGACAGCAAAUGAGAGCCAGGGUUCUUAGGAGCAAAAGGCCUUGCUUCCCUGAGAGGAUGGACUGAAGAAUCAGAAUUCCCACAUGGCAGCCAUGUUCAAGAUUAGGCUUGUUCUGCUGCCUUCACAGGGCACAGGGUCCGAAAGAGGAGGUCGACGUGGCUUCUGAGAUCCCUUCCAGCUUGAACAGUGAGAGUCUCUUUUCUUUAAGGCCCUCUCACUUAUUUUCGGUUUGGUUUUUACAUUAUUGUAGUUUUCCCCAGUAUCAAGGGUUAAUGAAAAGAGGUAGAGGUGAAGGGGGAAAGGGCACUUCCAGACCCUAAUCUAUGUUAGAAAGCAGCAGCUAUCAGAAGCAUUUUGUUUUGGUUAAAAAAUAGAGAAAUGAGUGGAAUCGACUAAAGAGAAUUUGAAACAAAUGGAUUGGGCUAUAGAACAGGAGAAUAGACAUGGACCUAGAUGCACACAUUCACGUAGUCUACACAUGUCUGUGUGUGUAUUUAGAUUUUCAGGUCUCUGUGACUUGCUUUCAGUUCUUUUCAUCUCCUCCUCAGUUCUGAAACCCUAACGAUCCAUCACCGCUGAGCCAUCUUGCUGUCCUGUUGCCAUCUCAGCCUUGACGUAUUCCAGACAGAAUUGCUUUCCUAACUCUCAUUUCCCAUUUCUGUUGAGCAGCCACCACGUUCUCAGUCACAUGUGCACAACAGGAGCUACUCUCGAUUCUCCCUUCUCUCCCGUGUUUAUUUUGUGGCUGUCUUGUCCAUUGUGUCUCCACAAUAUCUUUUGACUCCUCACAUGGCUCUGAUUUAGGCUUUUGUCACCUCUCAGUUAGACCAUUGCAGGAACCUCCUAAUUGGAGGAUAGAUUGGAAAAAGGAGACAGUGGGAGAAAGAAAACCAAGUUCAUGCCAAGGACGUAGGUCUGACCAUGUCAUCUUCUGACUUCUCAAAAUCCACAAUUUGUUCUUCAGUUGUUUCAGUUGUGUCCAACCCUGUGACCCCAUUUGGGGUUUUCUUGGCAAAGAUACUGGAGUGG